AGACAUCAAUCUGCCUGUGUGGGUCGGGAAUUCCUCUACCACGUUGAAGCAGCAAUACCUAAUGUGAACUCGUAACCUAUUCAAAAGAGCUGUCUGCCCACCACGCGAGGUCUAUCUCGACUUGGAAAGAAUGCUGAAUUCUCUAUUCAAUCGUCGCAUUAUAUCCAAUCUAUAUGGUAAUACUUCACUUUCGCGAAUUUCCGCAAGAUCCUUCGCGUCCGGACGAGAUGCCCCCGAAGAAUCAGAGGAGGAAUUGACCGCUGCCCGUGAAUGGGCCGAGAAACUCGAUCCCAAGACCAUUCCUCGCCACAUUGGUGAAAUCUCCUUUAGUCGCUCCAGUGGUCCGGGAGGGCAGAAUGUGAAUAAGGUAAAUUCCAAAGCAACGCUGAAAGUACCACUGUAUUCGCUCCUCCCCCUUGUCCCGAGACUUCUACAUCCGCACCUCCGAUCCUCCCGAUAUGCUGCAGAAAGAGCGCAGAGCCUGGUCAUACAAUCGGAUGAGUCGCGGAAACGGGCGACCAACGUGGAGUCGUGUUUUGAGAAGCUCCACCAGCUACUUACGAGCUCCGCCAAAGAGGCUAUCCCUGGUGAAACAUCUGAUGCGCAAAGGGGUAGGGUGCAGAAAUUGAAAAAAGCAGAGAACGAGGCUCGGAUCAAGUCGAAGAAAAUGCUCAGCAGCAAAAAGAGCAGCCGGCGGGGUAAUAAGUAUGACGAUUAACUGGGAGGAGCUAACUAAACACUCAAGACCUGAGAACUUUUUC